AUGGUUCCGUCAGGCAUAAGCCUCAUGAGCAGCGAUGCAGAAGGUUUUGAUAGAAGUGAGUAUCAGCGAGGUGUUAGUGCGUGGAAUUUCGAUAUUGAGGAUCUAAAAGCCCAAGCAUCCCAGGUUCAAGAUGACGAUGAAAUACAAGAAAUUGGGGAAGAAGAUGAGAGCACGGAAUCAUUUGUCAAUCCUACGGAUGCAUCAAAUUCCAGAUGUACAUUAAGGAGAUCAAAAUAUACAAAUGGCAUUGUUUUCAGAUUUAGUGAAAAAGUAAGGGGUGAUGAAGUAACCCCAGUCGAGUGCCUGAGCAAGAAGGAAAAAGUUCUGGAAACUAAUGAUUUGGUGGACUUCGACAAUCAAUGGAAAAAUGAUCUGCAUAAAAAUGGAUCCAAAAAUGAGCCAUCUACGUCAGAGAAGGAAGCAGUACAGGCCCAAUUUGGAACUCCAACAGAGAAAAGCCACCGACCUCUGAGUGGGCCUCUCAUGCUGGUGUCAUCCUAA